UAGUCGCUGCAGCGCCCGCUUGCUGCCAUGGAAUGGAUCAGCCAGUUUGAUAUCUUGUCACAUGUGUCCUACGCACCAGCAGCACUGUCAGACCUGACUGCUGAUGUUGCUACCGUUGUUAGCUCCCAAGCCUUGGCGCUCACAGACACAGCUCCAAGCACGGCAGAUUGGACCCAGACCCAGGCACUAGUGGCAGCCGGGGCCGGGGCAGUCGUAGCUGGCGCGGCAUCUUAUUUGGGUUUUGAAAUUGCUUCUUCUGCAGCUGCACUGGACGACCGCAUGCUGGCCAAGCAGGUGUUGAAAAUGGUUUAUCAGAGAGCAAGUUGGUGCAGCGUCGCCGAGGCAGCAUAUCUUCCUCAACCCCUGGACCAGACGAUGCCCAUUAAGACUUUCUUGGAGCAAGCACAAGCAUCACGUCCGCAGCAACUUGCGGCAGAAUUGCAAUCGAAAGGUUGUCAAAGAGUCGAAGAUUUGGGGCCGUUGCUGCAGCGUGAUCCUGCACUUUGGACAAAGAUGCGGCUGCACUCUGGCCACGAGAAGAAGCUGGUUCAGAGCAUCAAAUUCAGCAUCGAUCGCUCAUGGCCGGCAAACUCCCUUGUGCCAGCACCAGUUGUCUCCAAAUCUAGGCUUGAUUUUCCGCGCAAGCACAAGUCUUCGUGCUCCCUAUUGGCAACUUCCACCAUUGUGCUUGCAGAUCGUCGGUCCGUGCGGGCAUCCCAACUUGUAACUCCUGUGCGAAUUCAAUCCUUUGACGUGCAGAGAAGUCACAUAGCGAACACAAAGGUGGAACAGUGCUCUAGAGAGUCCCUAGGGCGCUUCGGCAACCGCAUGAUCAGGAAACUCUGCCAGAACUCGGAGGAAGCCUUGUACAAAGUGACCCUUCUCGACCAAAUGAUCAACCAAUACACACUUAUUGUAUUGGAAGGGCAGCCAUUGUGGGGACUGACGCGGGAGGGGUACUCCUGGGUUUGUGCCGGCAAUGGCCACGAGCAAAAGGCGUCUCCCCUUACAGUUGGUGACAAGUUGGUGCAUUACAGCAAGAAACUAUGCGUCGUUGUUGAUAUCUCUCCGUGGCAGCCAGCGAACAGUACAGACCAGCGCUUGGUACAUCUUUCCUUGCAAGGUAAACCAACCAUCUUUAUUGAUGGGUUCUUAGCUUCAGCUUCCAGCUGAGCACGAGCUUUAAUGAUUGCCAAAAAAGAA